CUGUACCAAUGAUAUGGCCUGGUCAAGAUGCGUGUGACAUCAGCAUAAUACGAGGUGACUCAAAACCUGAACAUAAGUAUUUACUCUGUCGCUUGCAUACUCUCUACGCGAAUUUCGUCUUGAUCUCUGUCUAAGACUCCAAACCAAAUCGAGAUCUCACCAUGCAAGUUACAAUUGUACCAGCAAGCACGAAGACAGGUGAAGCGGCUAUUAGGUCUCUACUCAGCAAGCCUGUGCAGGUUCGCGGGAUCUACAGAGAUCUUUCCAAGGUCCCAGCUGCAUUUUCUGCCGAGGCCAAAUUCUCUGCAGUAGAGGGCAAUGCAUCAGAAAAGGGUGCGCUUGAUCUGACGGGGUCUGAUGCUGUUCUUGCCAUUAUACCCCCUGUCUUCGAUGGUCGGGAUCUGCUCGAACAUGCGGAGACGAUCUCUUCCAAUAUCAAAACGGCAAUCGAGCUAGCUGGCAAUGUCAAGAGACUUGUUCUACUCAGUAGCGUCGGGGCUGACUUUAGCGAGGGUGUUGGCGAGAUCAAAACAAAUAAUAAAGCGGAAGAAGUACUGCGGCAAGCGAGAGUUGAAAGCAUUGUAUUUGUGCGAUGUGCAUAUUUCAUGGAGAAUUGGACUAUGAACCUCGCUACCCUUAAGGGGCCAGAUCCAUUCUUCUUUUCGUCGAUUACGCCCGUGGGCUAUGAGAUUCCGAUGGUCUCCAUCUUGGACAUUGGCAUUACUCUUGCCGAACAGCUAACUGACGAAGCGAUUCUCGCAGAGAAACCAUAUAUUUUUGAAUUGCAUGGUCCCCAAAAUUAUAGUGCACUUGACGUGCGGGCGGCAUUGACACGGGUACUCGGAAAAGAGGUUGAAGUGCGACCAGUGGAAAAGGACCAUUUGAGAAAGUUCUAUGCACAGAUUUUCCCUCCCACAAUUCUCGAUCAUUGGGUCGAAUUGGCGACGAGUAUCCUCCCAGAUGGCAAACUUGGUACAGAGUAUAUGCUCCACCCGCGUGGCCCUGUUCUUCAUGGGCGCACAGAUCUCGAAACGGCCAUCAAGGCGAGCUGCGAGGCAUAAAACUGAUGUUCUAAGUCGAUUUCUCGAUUACGAGCAAAGCUAUUUCGUCUAAUUACACAAGGUCAAAUGCAUUCUCGUACCUCGUCCACAAUCUCACAAGUCGUUCAGAACAGAUAGCAUAGCGGGGCCAGCAGGAGGUUCAUUGAAAUCUCUUACCUUAGCCCUUUCCAAUCUCAGCUUCAUAAUUUUCAUCAGAC